AUGGCAUACCCAGUUAUCGUUUCCCGAGCAGUUGACCCCAUAUUGGGUGUAUUCACCGGCUGCCUUGCCUAUUAUCUGUACGAAACGAAUCCUCGCAAUACUCUACCUUCAGACAGACGACUUGCACCAUUAGUCCAAUGGAAGUGGGCCACCUGGCAAGCCAAAAGGUUGGAGAAGCUGCACAAUGAAUGA